AUGGCGUUAACAUCAGUUGUUAUCUGUGUAUUAUCGGUACUAUCUUCAAUCAUCAAUGGGCAAUUCGGUAAUGGACCUUUUAUGGCGCCUCCAAUUAACACUGUUGGAAAUGGGCAAGUAGCAAAGCGGCAGGAGCCAUCUGGAAUGGCUGUCGUCCAGGAACCGGGUAACGGCAUACAACCAAGAGAUAUUCAAGUUCAAGUUUACUGCUCUGACUGUACUGUUGAAAUGUACAACAUCUCGAAUCCAGAUGUAAAUCAAACUCUGCCAACAUUUAUAAGAAACAUGUUUCCAUUUCUAAACUUCUAA